AUGCUACAGGAGAUACUAAGAAAAUUAGAUGAUAUGUCAGAACAUGGAGUGGAUGAACUGAAGCAUGUGGUAGACAAGCUAUUGGAGGACUCGGAGACACAAAACACAUUCAUUCAAAGCGACUACUUGGAGUCCUCAAGAGUGUCCCGCCGUCCUCGAAUCAAGCUGACCUUUGCUACGCCGUCACCAUCAUCACCACCUGAACCAUGGAAAUACAACACACUGAGGCUCCUCCCUUCAUCACCCAUACGACACGUACCUCAAUGGUCAAAGAACCGGGAGGAUUAUAAAAUCUUUCGAGAUCAAUCAAUUAGAACGUUCAGCUGA